AUGAAGGAAACCCCCGAGUUUCUGGGAGCCAAAGCGCGUUGGGUCGGGGUGGAUUGGGUGCGGGACCUGCUGUUGUGGAGGGACGUGAGGAGGACGGGGGUGGCUUUUGGUGCCACCCUCCUGCUCCUGCUGUCCCUGGCCACCCUCAGCGCCGUCACUGUCCUGGCCCACCUGGGCCUGGCGCUGCUCUCGGUCACCAUCAGCCUCAGGGUCUACAAGGCCGUGGUGCAGGCGGUGCAGAAGGCAGAGGAGGGACACCCCUUCCG